AUGAUCUUUACUUUAUUGCCAUUUGAUGACAAGUUGGGUCACAAGUCUGUUCAUCAUCUGCUGAAGAUGAAUCAAUAUGGGAGAUAUGAUAGCAGUGGUCAGCCAGAAGGGCUUUUUGAUCCCUCACUGCAUUGGAGGCAGGUCAAAGAGGAAGCUGAUGAACUCCAGAUUUCAACUGUGCCAUUAAGAGUUGAGAAGUCCCAGGUUUGUCAAAAUGAGGACUCUGAUGAACAAGAUACCUCCUUUGAUCCACUUUCAGACAUCCAUGUAGUCACAGAGCAAGAGUGUGGACAUAAAAGCAUGACUUACCUCAAAGUAAAGGUGCUGCAUUCUCCAGUCCCAGUCAAAGAGGAGUCUGAAGAAUGCUCCCUUCUGCCAGUAGAUGAAGAGGAAGUUGCCUUAAUUACAGUUAAGGAAGAAGAGAAUGAAGACUGGUUGAAGUCAGAAGAUGAGGAUGUUGUGAAAGUGCCAGUGCCUUGGGAACCAUUGGAAACAUCAUCAUCAUGCUCAGAUACAGAUGACAGUGAGAUGGAAAGUGAUCAUGUGCAGGACUGUGAAAACAAUGAGCAUGACGUUUCAGGAGGAUUGAAGAUUGAAGAUUGCAGCAAGACAUCAUUGGAUCCAGGGAUGACACUAAAUACAGAUGAGAAAGCUAAUGCUGCUGAUUUCAGUGACUCUAAAAAUGGGUCCUCCUCCUUCUACCCAUGCCCUCAUUGUACGCUCGGUUUCACCAUAGAACGCUUUUUUCACGGGCACCUCAAGAGGGCCCACCCUGAAGAGUACAUCACUCUGCUAAAGUUUCGGAAAAUCAUAGCAACCCAAGCCACAUGCCCACAAUGUGGCAAGAGCUUCUCCAAUAAAUAUGUUAUGAAAACACAUCAGAAGAGUCACACAGGAGAGAAACCAUAUCACUGUGCAGACUGUGGAAAGAGCUACGUCUUUGCUGAUUCACUCAAAAAACACAGAUGUGGGAAAGGAUUACGAAGACAAACCCAUCUGACCAGCUAUGAAAUGAUCCCCACAGUAGAGAGACCAUAUACAUGCGUUCAGUGUGGAAAAGGAUACAGAUUUCAAACCCAACUGACUAGCCAUGAAAAGAGCCACACAGGAGAGAGACCAUAUAAAUGCUCUCAGUGUGGAAAAGAAUACAGAAGACCAGCCCAUCUCAAAAGACAUCAAAUUACCCACACUGAAGAGAGGCCAUAUGAUUGCCUCAGGUGUAAGAAGUCAUUCUACCGGCCGGAAACUCUAAAAGCACACCAGAAAACCCAUACAGGAGAAAAGCCUUAUCGGUGCUCUCAGUGUGACAAAUGUUUUGGCUUUUCCAGAGACCUUAAGAGACAUCAGUUGACACAUACGAGGGAGACCCACACUGGACAGAGGUCCUAUGAUGUCCACGAGUGUAAGAAGUCCUCCGGCCAGCUGGAAGCCUUCAAUGCACACCAGAAAACACACAAAGUAGAAAAGCCUAAGCCUUAUCAGUGCUCUCAGUGUGACAAAUGUUUUGGCUUUUCCAGAGAUCUUAGAAGACAUCAGUUGACACAUACAGGGGAGAAACCGUUUAGUUGCCCCCAAUGUGAAAAAUGUUUCGGUAGGAAAUGGGAAUUGACGUACCAUCAACGGACACACAGCGGAGAGAGGCCUUACCACUGCUCUGAGUGUGGACAGAGCUUUAGCCUAAGGGGGAACUUUAAACGCCACCAGCAGAGCCACACAGGGAAGAAGACGUUUCACUGCACUCAGUGUGACAAGAGUUUCUUCAGAGCGGCUCACCUGAAAACCCAUCUCCUCAUUCACAAUAGAACCAAAACAGUGGUCUGCUCUAACUGUGGGAAAGGGUUCAACCAUGACGGGAACUUAAAACGUCACCAACGAUUCUGUAUGAAGACAGAGCAAAAUUGUAAUGCACCCCCAUCUGUAGAAGUACAGAUAUGAUAUUUAGUGUGGUGUCAGAGGAUGGUAAUAAAGAACAUAUUACGAAUGAUAUAAUAAUGUAAUACAAUGCCAUCUCAUUAUAAGUCUGUUCUUUUUGGUACAUUUAUCUCUAGUUCAAAAUCAUUCGAGAGGCUUUUUUGUUCUCUGACGACUGUAGGGGAGUAGGAUUCACUUUCAUGUAUGCCCAUUAGGUGGCAGUAAAAUAGGAAAGUAUUUUUACAUGUAGUGGUACUUUUUACUUUGAGAUUCUGUAUGUGCAACUGCAAUAAUAUUAGCUGACCUUCUGAUACUCCUGAAAAUCAUCCAUGUAACUAGCUAAAGGUAAAGAUAUUUCCGAAUAUAUAUAUAUUUAAACAUAUAUGAGUUUAAUAAAGCCAUUUGAGGACAAAUUGGGUGUGUAGCUGACUAUACAAACCUUAUGUUUGCCAGAUAGAAUAAAUUAGGGCAAUUCCACAUAGCGUUACUAGUCAUUUCAAAUGGGGUGCUAGUAUGGUAUAACAAAGAGAGUAGCUAGCUAUGUAUGUUUGAAACUGUUUAAAGACCCAUGUGGACCAACAUGUGAAGUUCAUACGAGCAUCAAGUUGGGUGUCAAAUAAAAGCUAAGAGUGUC